CGAAAGUUCGCAAGUGGCGCUAAAUUUGCAAAACGAGAGCCAACGUGUCGGUCAUCGUUCGCGAGUCCAGAGGAAGGAGGUCCAUUUUGGCAGCACCUGAUUUCGUCAAUGCAAUAGAUAACAUCGGAACGCACACUUCGUAGAAGACUUCCCCUAGGACCCAGACGCCGCCAGGAAUGGAGGGUCGCGACAAUAAUGCGUUCAUCGGUGACAGCAGCCCGUCGAUACCGGGGCACUUUCGUUGGAGCACUCCGGCGGCCAAUGGACCAGAUAGUCCACCGCCUUACGCCACGGUUCUGACCGAUGUGGAGCUGACGGGAGCUAAGCCGGCCACCGAACGGGCAGCGGCUGCCGAUGGUCCAGUCGCAACGGGCACACCAACCGGCGCAACAACGCAGGAUCGCGAUCAGUGGGGCAAAGGGAUCGAGUUCCUGAUGUCAUGCAUCGCCAUGUCCGUCGGGCUGGGAAAUGUGUGGCGCUUCCCUUUCGUGGCCCUCGAGAACGGCGGCGGAGCCUUCGUCAUUCCGUACAUCAUCGUCCUGCUGCUCGUCGGCAAACCGGUCUACUUCAUGGAGAUGCUGAUCGGACAGUUCUCGAGCCGGGGUAGCGUCAAGGUGUACGACAUGGCGCCGAUUAUGCGAGGUGUCGGUUACGGUCAGAUGCUGUCCACGACGAUCGUCACCACGUACUACGCCUCGCUUAUGGCCACCACACUGCGCUAUUUGUUCGAUUCCUUCCAAACCGUGCUGCCGUGGGCCGUCUGCGAGGAUCGCUGGGGAAGCAGCUGCAUUCCGGCGGGGCGACUGAAUGUCACCGCGGCAAACGAGAGCACCGCAGCCGCCAACAGGACCUCCUCGGCGGAGCUGUACUUUACCAAGGUGGUGCUAAAGGAGCUGGACGGAAUCGACGACGGGAUCGGGCUGCCCGACUUGCGGCUCACACUGUUCCUGGUGCUUUCGUGGUCCUUGGUGCUGUUGACCCUGAUCAAAGGUGUGAAGAGUUCCGGCAAAGCCUCGUACUUUCUGGCUCUCUUCCCGUACGUCGUCAUGGGAGUGCUGCUGGUCCGGGCCUGUACGCUGCCGGGUGCGGUCGAUGGUAUCGUGUACUUCCUGAAGCCUCAGUGGGACAAAAUCUACGAGCCGAAGGUUUGGUACGCCGCCGUCACGCAGUGCUUCUUCUCGCUGUCGAUCUGCUUCGGGAACAUCAUCAUGUACAGUUCGUACAACAAGUUCCGGCACAACGUGUACCGUGACGCGACGAUUGUGACGUCGAUCGAUACGCUCACUUCGCUGCUGGCCGGGUGCACCAUCUUCGGGAUCCUGGGCCACCUGGCACACGUGACCGGAACGACGGAUGUAGGGAACGUGGUGAAGUCGGAUGCGGGCCUUGCGUUCAUCUCGUAUCCGGAAGCGAUCGCCAAGUUCGAGGUCCUACCGCAAGCCUUCUCCGUGCUGUUCUUCCUGAUGCUGUUCGUGUUGGGCAUCGGCAGCAACGUGGCCAUGACGUCGUGCGUCAUGACCGUGAUCAAGGAUCAGUUCCCGAAGGUGCGCAACUGGCAGGCAGCGACCGUCAUUGCGAUCUGCGGUGUGCUCCUGGGCAGCAUUUACGUCACUCCGGGUGGUCAGUACGUUCUCAAACUGGUCGACUAUUACGGUGCUUCGUCGAUAGCGCUGGUCCUUGCGAUUGCCGAGCUGAUCGCGAUCGGCUGGGUGUACGGCGUGGACCGUCUGUGUAAGGAUGCCGAGUUCAUGCUUGGCCACCGGCCGAACAUCUACUGGCGUCUGUGCUGGCGCUGGAUCACCCCCGGGCUCAUGUUUGCCAUCCUCAUCUACAACCUCGUCACGCUGCAACCGCUCAUGUACAAGCAGUACGUCUACCCAACGAUCGCUUACGACAUUGGUUGGUGUAUUUUUGCCUUCGGUCUUCUUCAACUGCCCAUCUGGGGGGCGUACGCAGUCUACAAGCAGAGCGGUCAAACGAUCAUCGAAAAGAUUAAAAAUUCCCUCAAACCGACGGCCGCCUGGGGUCCGCUGGAUGUGGCCACGCAUUACGAGUACAAAAAGUUCAUCAACGAAGACUGAACGGAAGCGAUUCACAGCGCAACACAGCAGUAUUCCGAUUGGGCGAUCGGCCGACGGGCCAAGACGAGUGUUGUGAUAAUUAAGAUGUAUAAUAUCAGUUUUAAUUUAUUAAAUUGUGUAAGUUGGAAUAAAAACCGGCGAUCGGCCGGAACAAGGAAACGAAAGCCACACAAUCAACGAGCUGCCCCUUGCUCGGGCGAAGGCACUGGGCUGUGAUGCUUCAAGCACCGGCGGCUUCCGUGUCCGGAGCGCGUUAGCAUCCUCGGAGUGGAUCUCCUUCGAUGAGGGCCGCUGCUGCGUCGCACGCCACGAAAAUCAGCUGACCCUUCACGGGAUCCACCAGCGUUGCGGGUAGCGAUCGGUCUCGAUCGACCACGAUUCUCUGCUCGGACCGAAAGACACCGAUUAGGAUCGCACGAAAAACCGAGCGGCCCAUUAGCGGCUUACCUUCAAGAUUUCCGCUUUUCCGCCGCCUUGCGCACCGAACAGACACACCUUGGCGUUGUUGAUCAAGGGCAGCGUCAUGGUGACUCGCUUCGGUGGUGGCUUCGGCGAGUCGGCGAUCGGUGCGAUCAGUCGCGCUUUCUCCUGCAGCAGCGGGUGCUCCGGGAACAGCGAAACCGUGUGGCCGUCGGGCCCAAUGCCGAGAAUC